UUUAUUUUAUGUGAUUAGGGACUAAAAAAAUCAUCCUCUAAAAAAAAUGAGCCCUCACAACCCAACUGGCAAAGUUUUCUCUAAGGAAGAGCUUGAAGUGAUCGCUGAAGCCUGCUGCAGAUGGGAUUGCCUUGCUAUAACAGAUGAAGUAUAUGAGCACAUAACAUUUGAUGACAAGAAACAUAUAUCUCUUGCCUCACUCCCAGGAAUGCAAAAGAGAACCAUCAUCACAUCCUCCUUGUCUAAAACUUUUAGCGUUACAGGUUGGAGAAUUGGAUGGGCUAUUGCUCCAGCUUUUGCUGCAUCUGCAAUCCGAAACAUUCAUGUGAAAAUUACAGAUUCUGCUCCAGCACCUUUCCAAGAAGCUGCCUUAACUGCUUUGACAAGCCCCCCUGAAUAUUUUGAAGGACUGAAAAAAGUGCUCACCUCGAUUGGUUUUCAAAUUCAUUUUAAGCCUCAAGGUUCCAUCUUUUUAUUUGCAGAGCUUCCUAAGAAUUGCUUGCUUUCUGAUGUAGAAUAUGUUAAGGAAUUAAUAAAAGAGGCAGGGGUGGUUGCUGUACCAGGAUGUGGAUUUUUUCAUACAAAGCUUUCUAUGGAACCAUUAUCUGAGGCAAGUUGCAGCUACCAGAAGAGAUAUGUAAGGUUUGCCUUCUGCAAAAGUAUUGCUACUUUGGCAACCGCUGCACAAAAGCUUAGUGAUCUUAAGAAUGCUACCACGGAUGAACACUCCUAGUAUGCGAGGUGAGUUAAGGUAUGAGAGAGAAUUCUCUUUUAUUGUAUAAUCUAGAUAAAAAAAAAUGAUAUGCUUACAAUGUCAUGUGAUAUUGUAAAUUUAUACUAUGUGUUCUUAUAUAAUUAAUUCUUUUUAUUCAU